GUUUUUGUUUACUAGAAGCGGGGCGAGCUAAUUGAUGUUAUUUUAAAUGGCCUGUGGAAACAGUAUUUGCAGCUUGUGAAGACUUCAGAAUACCAUGACAUAAUUUUAAGAAAUUCUUAACGUGCGUAGGCUUGUGGAAUUUAGAGCAAAUGUAGUUUUCAGGAAUAUGCAGAUUUUUCAGUUCCACGCCCCAACUUCUUCAGAGUUGGGAUUACACUCUUAAGAUCAUGUCCAUCAGAAAAGCAAACUACACAAUUUAGGACAAUUAUUGUCCUAAGCCUAGCCCACCCAUUCGUGCUUGCGCCUCGAGCCCGCAGCGCCCACUAAAUACUGGCUUCCCCCCAGUGAAUGACCCACUUUCCUCACGAAAAAGGUAGGACCUUCCUACACAAUACGGGAACUAUUUCAUCUUCGACUGGGGAGGCCACUUUGGGUUCUGUUUCGACCGCUUCCCAGUCACCCGGCCUCCCUGAAGAAAUUCUUCCGAGGCUCCGAGAUUUACGAGUGCAGCCACCACAGAACGCAGGCUGGAGGGGCCGGGCGGAGGCCGUCCAGAUCUCGCGAGAUACACAGCUGCGCGGGAGUUCUCGAGUCCGGCGUUCCGUGGUGGACUGCGCCGGACUCUGUGAUGGGGCGCUUCCGCAAAGAUGGCGGCCGCUGCGGCAAGAGGCGCUUGGCUGGCGGCCUGGGGCGGAAGACUGCGGCGUGGGAUCGCUGCUGGUCGGCGAGCUUGGCCCGGCCCCGGCCCCUUGACCGUGGCAGUGGCCGGUGUGGCCCUGGCAGGCACAGGAGUGGCAUGGUACCAUGGCCGCAUGAAUGUCGUGGCACCCGAGGGCAGCCUCACCGUCUUAGCACAGGAAAAUGUUGACUCUGGAGGGAUGGGAGAAAAAUUGUCGCUUCGUAAACAGCGCUUCAUGCAGUUUUCUUCACUGGAACAUGAAGGAGAAUAUUAUAUGACACCACGAGACUUCCUCUUUUCAGUAAUGUUUGACCAAAUGGAACGUAAAACUUCAGUGAAGAAGCUGACAAAAAAGGAUAUCGAGGAUAUACUGGCAGGAAUCCAACCAGCUCGUUGUGGAUCAACCUUUUUUAGAGACCUUGGCGAUAAAGGACUAAUUUCGUAUACUGAGUAUCUUUUCUUGCUUACAAUCCUCACUAAACCUCAUACUGGGUUUCAUGUUGCUUUUAAAAUGCUGGAUGCAGAUGGUAAUGAAAUGGUUGAGAAAAAGGAAUUUUUUAAGCUACAGAAGAUCAUAAGUAAACAAGAUGACUUGAAGACAACAAUAGCUAAUGAAACAGAAUGCCAGGAAUCAACAGUGAAAGAACCUGAAAUUACCACAACCCUUCAGAUACAUUUCUUUGGAAAAAGAGGAGAAAGAAAACUUCAUUAUCAGGAAUUUCGAAGAUUUAUGGAGAAUUUACAAACAGAGGUCCAAGAAAUGGAAUUCCUUCAGUUUUCUAAAGGUUUGAGUUUCAUGAGAAAAGAAGACUUUGCAGAGUGGCUACUUUUCUUCACUGACACUGAAAAUAAAGACAUCUAUUGGAAAAAUGUAAGAGAGAAGUUGUCAGCAGGAGAGAGCAUUAGUUUGGAUGAGUUCAAGUCAUUUUGUCAUUUUACGACCCACUUGGAAGACUUUGCUAUUGCUAUGCAAAUGUUCAGUUUAGCUCAUCGUCCUGUCAGACUGGCGGAGUUUAAGAGGGCCGUGAAAGUAGCAACAGGACAGGAGCUCUCGAACAAUAUUUUGGAUACCGUCUUCAAGAUCUUUGAUGUGGAUGGUGAUGAAUGUCUUAGUCAUGGAGAGUUUCUCGGGGUUUUAAAAAACAGGAUGCAUCGAGGUUUAUGGGUACCACAACAACAAAGUGUACAGGAAUACUGGAAAUGUGUGAAAAGAGAAAGCAUUAAAGGAGUAAAAGAAGUCUGGAAACAAGCUGGAAGAAAUCUCUUUUAGAAAAAGAUAAUCUGGGAGUCAUCCUGCUCCAAAUGUCAGAAUUUGGAAUUUGUUUAAAAUACUAGAUUUUUGUCUUCUUGGUUUUCUUUGUAAUAUAAAGAUGCCUUGUAUUUACUUUCUGAAUCAAUAAUUUCUUAAUAAAAUUUCAUUAAAGAACUUAGUAAAAAUAGAUACAUUCUGUCAGAGGGCCUAGAAUUGAAGUAAUGCUUUGUACUUUGAUAAGAUGGAAAACCUAGUUAUUCACUGAUUUCUUAGACACAGUAGUACAACGUGCUCUUUGGAAGGGUGUCAGCUAGUACUUAGAGAAAAAAGUGUUUGAUAUACAAGACCAAUAUCAAGUCCAGGAGUCCUGAUGUUUCCAGUAGGGCAAAUUAAAUUAAAAACUUCUCAGGUUUUCUCAUCUGUAUCUCAUAACUCAUAAGCUUCUUGUGUAUUUUAUUUCAGUUAGCUGUAUAUUAGUUGUCUUAAAAAUAAUGUGUAAAUUUCAAUAUCCUCUGUAGAAACAGAAUAAAGUAUAUACACAGAUAACAAAA